GCGUUUAGUGUUGCAGUUCAUCUCUCGGCCACUAGAUGACCGAGACGAGCUGGACCGCACUGUAUCCACCAGCAGAUAGCUUUGAGCUAACGCUAGCUAUCAACUGUCUUUUUAACCCCAGUUUGGGGCUUCUGUCGGGCGUCGGUUUGAGAGCUGGCUCAGGCCUAGCUUCACUGACCAAACAUGCAGAAAUAUGAAAAGCUGGAAAAAAUCGGAGAGGGUACGUAUGGGACCGUUUUUAAGGCUAAAAAUAGAGAAACGCACGAAAUCGUGGCAUUAAAAAGGGUCAGGUUGGAUGAUGACGACGAGGGGGUGCCUAGCUCGGCUCUUAGAGAAAUCUGUCUAUUGAAGGAGCUCAAGCAUAAAAACAUUGUCAGACUACACGACGUUUUGCACAGCGAUAAGAAGUUAACCUUGGUUUUUGAAUACUGCGAUCAGGAUUUGAAGAAGUAUUUUGACAGCUGUAAUGGGGAUCUAGAUCCUGAGACUGUGAAGUCAUUCAUGUACCAGCUGUUAAAAGGCCUGGCUUUCUGUCAUAGUAGAAAUGUACUCCAUAGAGAUCUGAAGCCACAAAAUCUCCUCAUCAACAGGAACGGGGAGUUAAAGCUGGCUGACUUUGGACUGGCUCGAGCCUUUGGCAUUCCUGUGAGGUGUUACUCAGCUGAGGUGGUAACAUUGUGGUACCGACCUCCAGAUGUGUUGUUUGGUGCUAAACUCUAUUCUACCUCAAUUGACAUGUGGUCUGCUGGUUGUAUAUUUGCAGAGUUGGCAAAUGCGGGAAGGCCAUUAUUUCCUGGCAACGACGUGGACGACCAGUUAAAAAGAAUCUUCAGAUUGUUGGGUACACCAACUGAAGAACAGUGGCAGACAAUGACAAAACUUCCUGAUUAUAAGCCAUAUCCCAUGUAUCCAGCCACCACCUCUCUGGUGAAUGUGGUGCCCAAAUUAAGUAGCACAGGUCGGGAUCUUCUCCAGAACCUGUUGAAAUGUAAUCCUGUCCAGAGGAUCUCUGCAGAGGAGGCCUUGCAGCAUCCUUACUUUGCUGAUUUCUGCCCACCCUAAAUGCUAAAUUGCCUCUAACUGAACCUCAGUCGCCAGAAUCAAUCAUCCUUCACUCCGUUGGGUCGUUAUGACGAGUCCCGAGGCAAAUCCCUCACUGGCUGUCAAACACUCCCCUGCACUUCAUUUUGUGGUGCCUCUCUCUGGAACAAAGUCCUAGUGGCUCUGCAAGGUUUUAGGUGUUUUAAGCUGUAAGCCACUUUAAUUUGGUCCAAAUACACAUCUCCAGUUAAUUAGCACAGAUGUGGGACUGUGCACUGUGCAUUGCUUUGAAUUCAUUAUGUACCUGUGGAAAUGCUUCCUAACAAAAGCCUCUGAUCCAAAACAAACAAAUUAAUGUGCAGCUGUUUGUUUGAAAGUCAAGCAUGAAUCAAAAAAGCCCCUUUGAAUCUGCAGUGGUCUGAAUCUUAAAUUCAUCUGUUACUCAGCAGCCUAACAUUAUAUUUACUGUUUCCAAAAGCAGUUCUACUGGUUAACUUCUAUUAAUAUUUCAUGAAAGGUCCUAAUAAUAACUUUUAUUUAAAGUCAUAUUUAAUGUGUUGUUAGAUGUUUUAAGAUCACAAAUGAUUUAUUUGAUAGUCAUAAAAGAUGAAUUUCAUACCCACAGUUUUUCGGCUCGCCUUUUGGAUGUUCUACUUUACACAGUUAAGAUGAUCUCAGAGCAGACUGUCAAUUCACUUUAAUGCCGGGAAAAACAAAUUUUAUAGAAAAAUCUGUUUGUUAUACGCUUUAUUCAUUUAGAAUAUUUUGGCUCUCUGUGUUACAGUCACUGUUCCAUGAAGACCUUUUGCAGAAUUUGUGUAAUGACCAAAUAACUUAAGAAAUGAAUAAUGUUUACUGGUUGGACUUUAGACUUCAAAAUUCACACAAUGGUACAUUUCUUUGUCCCACUAUGGAGAGAUUGUAUAUUAACAUGGGAGCUAAGUUAUGGUUUUUCUAAGAACUUCCCUUCUAAUUUUUGUGCACUUUUGAUUUUAAAAUAAUUUAGAUAUCAAUAUUAAUAAAGUUGAACACUGACAGCUAAGAUUAUAGCCAGUUAACAGUAAAUGGGCCAAUACAUGUGUAAAUAUAUCUUUUUAUUAACUAGUGGACCAUUAGUGACAUUUUGUUUUUUUUAAUGGCUAUUGUACUAAUGUCUUUUAGCUUCUCUGAAUUGCUUUUGUAUUGGCUGACUUAGAGUUGCAGGAGUCCAGAUAAUCUGCUGAUGAUCCAUGUUUGCAUAUGAUUGUUUUGCACCAUCAGCUGUUUCCAUAUAGGUAACUUGUAAUACUAACACAGUUGACAGUGCAGUGUUACUUUACCCCAGACUGCCACGUGUCCCAUAAAGGCCUACACAGAGUGGUUUGCAGUGGCCGUCUUAAUAGGGAAGGAAUGGAUGCAUGUAUUUAUUUGGUUAAAUGUAGCAGCAGCUUCAUUUUGGGCAGGAACUCUCCUUUAGAAUAAUUUAAAUGUAGACUUUUUUAGGGUUUAAAAUGUGUGUGUGCGUGUGGUUCUACGUUAGAAUGAAUACAGUGCUUUCAGUAUUCCAUUAUGCCAUGAUGACGACAUAUUUCAUAGUAACUGUAGUUACUUUGCAGGUUAAAUCUUAAGUUUUAAUGAAGAAUGGAUUUUUUGCACUUUGCUAGUACCUUUUGCUUUUCGUCAGCCAUUACGACUAGGUGUUCAGUCAGCACCUUUGCAUCUCUUCAGUACAUUGAGGUCAGAUCUUUACAGCAGUUGUUAAAUUGUGAGCAGUAAUUCAAAUUGUCACUAUGUGUUCUACCUGACACCUGCUGACUUAAGCAUUUUAUUCAGUUAUGAAUUGUAGAUGUUUAAAUUUCCAUCUUUCCUCGUGAUUAAUGGACGUUUCACUAGUUGGCCGACGCUCGUAAUGCGAUUUGACGAGGAUGGAAAGUCCUUCAUACACUUGGGAAAAUGGACAUUUUAACACGAUUAAUUAGAUUCUGUGACAGUGGUGUGAGAUGACCAAAUGUGCACAGUUUAAACUCAGCCUCACUGGAUUUCAAAAGCAAAUGUACUGUGUAAUGGAUAAUGCCUGACAAGUUGUGCUUAUCGUAUAAGACCACAAUAAAGAGCUACUUCCACACAG